AUGUCUGAAAAUAAGGCGACGUUAAUGGAGGGGAUGACGGAGAAGACUCUGCACUCUCCGAACACAAUGGCAGAGGUGGCGUCCUUACACGUGGCCAACAGUUACAUUGGCACGGGCCUCGAUACCUCUCUGGAGAAUGUGAAGCCACUACCUGAAGCGUGCAAACGGAAUGUAACCGAAUUUGACCUGGUUGCAUACGGCAAGGAUGAGUUCACUUUGUCAAUGGAAAAGAGGGUCAUGGCUCGUAUGUUUUCUGCAUUCGACGUGACGCAGUUGGGGUACCUUGAGGAAAGAAAGAUAGAGCAUAUGUGCAAGUACCUGGGCCGCGUUAUGAAUGAGGACGAUGUGAAGCAGAUGAAAAGUGAGAUCAAUGCCAUUGAUGGCCAUAUCACAUUUGAAAAGUUUUGGGCUUGGUGGUGCUCACAUCCAGAAGUUCCGGCAAAGAAAGACUUCUUCUCGAUGGUUUCGGUCGAUUUUGCCGUGCCGUAUCACCAGCAGCAGCUCUUAACGAGGGAGACGGGUGAACUGUAUACGCCGAGUUACCGGGUCCUGUACUACUUCAGGGACAUGGAGACAGGGAAGGAGCUGCAGGUGUCGCCUUGGCACGACAUUCCCCUCUAUGUGCGAGAUUUGGUGCGCACAAAACCUGCGUCACUGCCGAUGAAUCGCUACAAUUUCAUUUGUGAGAUUCCCAAGUGGACGCGUGCGAAGUUUGAAAUUGCCACGGGGGAGCCGUUUAACCCCAUCAAGCAAGACAUCAAGAACGGCGUCCCGCGCUUCUACAAGCAUGGCGAUAUGAUGUGGAACUACGGGGCGCUGCCGCAGACGUGGGAGAGUACAGAUGUUGUUUUUGAGGGCGGCUACGUUGGUGAUAAUGAUCCGAUAGAUGCCAUUGAGAUCGGCAUGACACAAUUUAAGGUUGGGCAGGUGGGGGCUGUGAAGGUGCUUGGAAUCCUUGGGAUGAUUGAUGACGGGCAGAUGGACUGGAAGGUCAUCUGCAUCUCGCACAACGAUCCCAUUUGCCGUUUUCUGAAGGACAUCCACGACGUGCCUAAAUUCCUUCCAGGCUGCCUAGACGCCAUUCACGAGUGGUUUCGGGUGUACAAAAUCUGCCAGGGAGGUGUAGAGAACAAAUUUGUCUUCAACGGGGAGUUUAAAGACAAGAGUUUCGCAAUGAAGGUUAUAGACGAGUCGCAUUAUAUGUGGGGCAACCUGCGUAAGAUAAAUAAGAAGGAAGAGGUGUAA